GGCUCUUCCUGGUGACGUCAUUAUUCUAGGUGGAAGACAGUAGUAAAGAUGGCAAGCGCUGUUCAACAGAACGUGGAAAAUUGGAAAGCCAAGCUAGACAAAGUGUUGCACGAGAAAAAUGGAUUCACCGAUCUUCUUGAAAAGGUGGAGCAGAAGACUGGCGUGCGCAGACUUUACCUUGCAAUCGGACUCUUUGCAGUAGUGGUUCUGUAUUUGAUGGUGGGAUAUGGAGCUCAGUUCCUGUGUAAUUUUAUAGGCUUUAUUUAUCCAGCAUACACAUCAUUUAAGGCCGUAGAAUCCACCAACAAGGACGACGACACGGUCUGGCUGAUCUACUGGGUCGUCUACAGCUUUUUCGCUCUCCUAGAAUUCUUUACUGACAUCUUCUUAUUCUGGAUUCCCUUCUACUGGCUUCUGAAGUGCAUCUUCCUUGUCUGGUGUAUGGCUCCUACAUCCUACAAUGGCUCCCAGGUCAUCUACUACCGAUUUAUUCGGCCGUUCAUCCUCCGAUACGAAAAGAAGAUCGACAGCGCCGUGGAUCGGGCCAGCGAGGCCGCUAGAGAAGUUUUUGGCCUAGCCUUCAGAGCCACACAGAACGCUGGGGAGGUGGCCAAGGACAUGGCUAAUGAUGCGGCAGCUGAUGCAAUGAAGAAACAGUAUUUAGAUAACUCUGCCAAGACCGAUUAAAGAAUCGUGUCCACCUAACCUCACGACUUUAGUUUGACUUUAUCCUAACUCCUUGUACCAUCUUUCUCUGACAGCUUAAUUCUACCCGUUUAAAUAUUCUGUUGAUUUUUUGUUUGACAUUCUGUGCAAUACAUCAGAAAGAUUUGGAGAAUCGCAGACUCUACGAAGCAUUGUUAUUGUGUGAUUUGAGUACAGACCGAUGUGUUCAUACUUGAUUGAUGGAGUGCCGCUAGGAAUCUCUCUCUUUGUUAAACAUAAUUCACUCCCAGGGUAUCUACCAACAGUCCUUGUUUACAGUUUUAAUUCCUGACAGAGACUUUUGUUUACUUUGUUGCUCAAUUCUGAUUGUAUAGUGGGUUUAUAUAGUGGUAUUUUUCUUCACAUAUCCAAAAUGAUUCUUUGCACUAACCGUUGCAUAUCCGUUAGCGAGACUACGUGGAUAAUCUUCAUACACGUGUACUGUGAUCCGAUUGUCAUAUUAGCAGUUUUUCCUUACUACAUUAGACCUCCAUUUAUAUCCGUCUAGUCUACAGAGUUUUGUUUUCAAUCAAAUAUUUUGAUGUUGUACAUUAAUUUGUAAUUAAUACUCUAAGCAUUAGAAGUGGAUAAUUUAUGAUCGGCAGACUUCACAUUAUACCAUUGUUACAGCUCUCCUUGCCCGCGGGCUGUAUGGCAUACCGUGUUAACUAGUUAUUUUCUAUUGUACAGAUUUUUAUCCCUUUUUGGUGAAAAUAUGAUUCUAAUUUUGUUUAUCAAUAAUAUUGAAUAUUUAUGAAUAAUAUUGUGAAAUUUUGUAUAAUUUAAUAAUUUAAAAUUUUUAAAAAUAUUUGCAUGCAGUGAUUUGUACAUCUAACUGUAUAUAUAGAACCUAUUUAUUGCUGUUUGAGCUUCUAUGAACCUUGCAAAUUAUUUACCUCUCAACAUUCCCUAUUCAUUAUCACUUGUAAAGAAUUUUGGAAGAACUAUGAUUUUUAAAAUUCACUAGAAUGGCUAGAAUUGAAAACAACUGGAGUUGCCCAAGUUUUUUGGCAUAUUCUUUACCAAUACAGGUGUGUUCAAAAGUCUACUGAAGUUUCACAUUUUGAUUCAGAAAGUUUACAGAGGAUAUCAAUCGACCACCCAAUGUCCAUUACUGUUGUAUAAAUAUAUCAACUAGUUUAAUAAAUUCUCUAGAAAACAUGUCA